AUGAUAGAAUCGACGGAAUUGGCGCAGUCAGGAGGAUCGGAAUGUAUAAGAGCAGAAAAGUCGCACCUAUUUGGAACAAGGGUUAUAAACAAUAAGCCGCAACUUCGCGAAGAAACUUCCCGUUCGAGAGAGCCCCUCCGGGUGGAUGACGUCAGUGCGAGAUGUCGCUGUUGGCCGAUCAUAUCGGAUCAGCCAACAUCGUGUGAGCACAUCGGGAAUGCUAAGUUGCCAACCGACGCUAAAAUAGAUCUAUAUAGAACGGCGGAAAAUCAGGUCAGUCUCGUUGGCGCCAUGAGUCCUCUUACCAGCGUUCUAGUUCUCCUAUCGAUAGGAUUGGCGACUUGCCAGGAUCUCAACAAUGUUUACAAAAAACUACAAUUCCAAUCUAACCACAACCGAGCGUUCAACCAACAGCAAGCCUCACCAAUGCAACAGGCCAUGGAGUCCAUCCGGCCCAUCAUCACCAGCCUCGAGGAAAAAUGCGAAGCAGCCGGCAAGGCGUCCGUCGCCCAAGGUCUAGAGAAUAAAGUGUCGAACGCCUUCGCCUGCAUCGGGGGCAAGCUGGACUUCGGCCGCAUCCAGCAGGAGAUCGGCGCCGCCCAGCGGACGGGCUCCGACGACGCGAUGGACAAGGCCUUCGACGACAUCUGCCAGAUCUGGCCGGACUCGAAGAACUGCGUCCAGCCCAUCUUCGACGACGUCAAGAUCUGCCUGAACGACACCGAGUACGCCGACUUCAACCUCUACCUCACGUUCAUGGACGCGACCAAUAACUUCUUCUGCGACGACAACCACCAGCGCAUCGACGAGCUCCUCCACGAUCCGCAGGCGGCCGGUUGCCUGAUGACCGUCAGCAACGAUAUCAAAGAUUGCGGAAGGGAGAAGGCGGAUCAGUUGAAGCCGAAAUUGCAAUUCGACAAUCAGGAUUGCUCCGAUUUCCAAGAGGUCAGGCAAUGCAUCGUCAGCAAAAUGGAUUCCUGUCCCACGCAAACUCCCGUUAAAAUGGUCGACGACUACUUAGAGCUGGUGCACAAGAUGUUCUGCAACUCGGCGCCGAGCCUGUCUUCGGUCUCCGCCUUCAACGUGCUCCUGCUGCUGUGUACUUAUCUAUUUUCUAAAAUGUUUUAGAUCGUUUAGAGUACUUUCACGAGCGUUUAAGUACGAUCUACCUCGACAGCAUUUUUCCGCCAUUUUCUAGCUUGACAGUCGGGAAGUCGCGAGUGCUGUUUUACUUUUGUUAAAUUCUGUAGAGUUGAACGUUCGCUAUUAAGUGUAUAUUUAGAUAUAUCACGUGCUGUAGACGUGUUUAAAGUUUAAAAGUAUGAGGAUAUUUAUUAAUGGAAUACAUUAAUCUGCUUGUUUCUUGACGUAUACUUUUUUCGUACACUGGCUAAGUGUAUGUGAAUUUGUUGUGAAGGUGUGCUUUCAAUGUAACUUCAUUUUUUGAUUAAAGUUUCUCCGAAAACGACCUAUUUUUUUACCGAUAGCAGUAAAAUAAGCUUCUUGAUAUGACAUAUAAAUAUUAUAAAAAUGAAAUUGAUGUGAACGUUGUUUUUUUUUGUUAUUUUUGUUAAUUACAGUUCAAUAUAUCUAAUAAAAUUUGAAAAAAGGCACA